UUCAAAACGCGCAGUUUCUACAAAAUAUGUCAGAUGCCAUCAAGAACUUUUGUGGAAGAGGAGAUCAUCAUCGCAUAAUCUGUAAUAUCUCAGAGGCUGUCAGAAAUAAUUUUACCGCUGACCACAUUAAGAGACUCCCAAACACACCGACACAAAACGGAAGCGAUUCCAUCCUGUCAUUUUACGCAAGUUUACCAGGACGCAGUGGCGCGUUACCUGUGAGCGUCUUGGCAACGAUAUUUGUAACAGAACAAGACAACAUACUACCUACCAUCAAUAGCGAGCUCAAAGACCCUGGUACAAGUGUACCAAGCAGCGAAACUCCAACUCUUACACCUGCACAAACAAACAACUUGGUGCCGAUAACAAUUUUCAACUUCAAUCCAAAGAAGUAUACAGCGUUGGUUGUGGUCGAUAUUAAAGUGACGGUGGCUGCCAGAAUGAACACAUUUUGUUUCAGUACAACAGUAGAUAUAUGCGGCCUCCAUUCAGGCGCUAGCCGAAGGAAGAAGAGAGCUGCUGGAAACCAAAUGUUCAGUGAAAAUGAUGUUCUACUCAAUUCCAACGUUACGGAGUCUGGGAGUAAUACGGUGGUAGGUGCAGUUGUCAACGAACCAGGAACUAUCACUCCUGUUGAAACCGAUAUUGUUGAAGAUGCUUUACAUCAAACGUUGCAAGAAAAUGGUGAAUCAGAUAUUUCCAGUCUCACUCUUGGCGUUGUCAAUACGCCCACUGCAUCGGAAACUCAGGAAAAUAACGCAGCCAGUGUAAGGUUAACCAAUACGAAUGCAAGUCAGUGGACACUGCAACAAGAUAUUUCAUUCCGACAUAAUAUGUCCCAAGCAAUUAUGCAAUUUUGUGGUGAAAGUGACGCACGAUUGGCCUCGUGCAAUCUUACGAGGGAUCAGGUUGAUCAAAUUAGUUUUCAACAUGUACAGAUGUUGCCUAAAUCGCCCACACAAAAUGGCAACGACGCAAUACUAUCAUUUUUCGUUAAUCUACCAGAUGGAACAACAAUGUCUCCUGGUCUCGUAGCAACUAUUUACAGUGUGUCGGCAAAUGUUCUAUCAAAACCAAGUGAUAUUGUUUCAACAAGCAAAAAUACCAACAUUACAAGAGUGGAAACGGAAAAUCUCAUACAGCUUACAGUCGAGGGUAUGGCGCAGCAUCCCGAUGAUGCCGUUAGGUUAGAUAUCCAGGUCGCGAUUGCCGACAGGUUGAAAAAGUAUUGUGGCAGAAACUCUGGGGCAACCAUUUGUCCCACUAGCAGGGCAUUCACCAACGACGACAUUGUUGUCCAAAUUGAUCCAGACACAAGAGACGUUAGCUUCGUCGUAAAAGAUCCAGACAACCUUCAAGGAUCACCAAUUUCAUCCAUUGAUGUCCAAGAGGAAAUAAAUGGAAACUUCACCACCCAAAUACUCGGCCUUAAAUUGAGAAUAACACGACUGUUGACCGAAAACGCAAUUCAUGUGGUGUUGAAAAAUUUCCAAGCCGAUGAGUGGCCAGCUCAAAACGCGCAGUUUCUACAAAAUAUGUCAGAUGCCAUCAAGAACUUUUGUGGAAGAGGACAUCAUCAUCGCACAAUCUGUAAUAUUUCAGAGGCUGUCAGAAAUAAUUUUACCGCUGACCACAUUAAGAGACUCCCAAACACACCGACACAAAACGGAACCGAUUCCAUCCUGUCAUUUUACGCAAGUUUACCAGGAGGCAGUGGCGCGUUACCUGUGAGCGUCUUGGCAACGAUAUUUGUAACGGAACAAGAAAACAUACUUCCUACCAUCAAUAGCGAGCUCAAAGACCCUGGUACAAGUGUACCAAGCAGCGAAACUCCAACUCUUACAACAGCACAAAUAAACAACGUGGUGUCGAUAACAAUUUUCAACUUCAAUCCAAAGAAGUAUACAGCGUUGGUUGUGGUCGAUAUUAAAGUGACGGUGGCUGCCAGAAUGAACACAUUUUGUUUCAGUACAACAGGAGAUAUAUGCGGCCUCCAUUCAGGCGCUAGCCGAAGGAAGAAGAGAGCUGCUGGAAACCAAAUGUUCAGUGAAAAUGAUGUUCUACUCAAUGCCAACGUUACGGAGUCUGGGAGUAAUACGGUGGUAGGUGCUGUUGUCAACAAACCAGGAACUAAUAUUCCCGUUGAAACCGAUGUUGUUAAAGAUGCUUUACAUCAAACGUUGCAAGAAAAUGGUGAAUCUGAUGUUUCCAGUCUCACUCUUGGUGUUUUCAAUCCACCCACUGUAUCGGAAACUCAGCGAAACAACGCAAUCAAUGUUACCUUAACUAAUACGAAUACAAGCCAGUGGACGCUGCAACAAGACAUAUCAUUCCGAAACAAUAUGUCGCAAGCAAUCAUCCAAUUUUGUAAUGAAAGUGAUGCGCGAUUGGCUUUGUGCGGCCUUACACGGGCUCAGGUGGCUCAGAUUGAUGUUCAGAAUGUGCAGAUAUUGCCUAAUUCCCCCACGCAAGAUGGCAGCAAUGCAGUGUUGUCUUUUUUCGUCGACUUGCCGAGUGGAAAAACAAUGCCUUCCGAACUAUUAACAACUAUUUACAGCCUUUCGCCGAACGUUAUAUCACAACCAACUACGUUUGCUUCAACGAGCCAAAAUGCCCAACUGUCAAAGAAUGAAACUGACAAUCUAGUUCAGCUGACAGUCAUGGAUGCGUCACAGCAUCCCACUGAUGCCGUUAGAUUGGAUGUACAACUUACAAUUGCUAAUAGGUUGAACGAAAAUUGUCAGAACAACUCUGCUGAUAUUUGUCCUAAAACAAGAAACUUUACCAAAGACGAUGUUCUUGUCCAGAUCGAUGGAACUGGAGCAAUUAGCUUCGCUGUCAAAGACCCGGACAGUUCAGAAGGAGCACCACUUUCAUCUAGUGGCGUACAAGAAGUCAUAAAAGGAAAUUUUACGUCCGAUAUUCUCGGCCUAAAAAUGACAGUAACAGCAACGACUGCAACGACAGCAGCGACUGCAACGACAGCAGCGACAGCAACGACAGCGCCGACUGCAACGACAGCACCAACUGCAGCGACUGCAACGACAGCAGCGACUGCAACAAAAGCCCCGACGGCAACGACAGCAACCACAGCAGCGACUGCAACGAGAGCACCGACUGCAACCACAGCACCGACUGCAACGACUGCGACGACAGCACUUACUGCAGCGACUGCAACGACAGCAGCGACUGCAACGACAGAAGCGACUGCAGCGACUGCAACGGCUGCACCGAAUGCAACGACAGAAGCGAAUGCAACGACAGCAGCGACUGCAACGACAGCAGCGACUGGAGCGACUGCAACGACAGCAGCGACUGCAACGACAGCAGCGACUACAACGACAGCAACGACUGCAACGACAGCACCGACUGCAGCGACUGCAACGACAGCACUGACUGCAGCGACUGCAACGACAGCAGCGACUGCAACGACAGCAGCGACUGCAACGACAGCAGUGACUGCAAAGACAGCACCGACUGCAACGACAGCAGCGACUGCAACGACAGCAGCGACUGCAACGACAGCAGCGACUGCAACGACAGCAGCGACUGCAACGACAGCAGCGACUGCAGCGACUGCAACGACAGCAGCGACUGCAACGACAGCAGCGACUGCAACGACAGCAGCGACUGCAACGACAGCAGCGACUGUAACGACCGCACCCACUGCAACGACAGCAGCGACUGCAACGACAGCACCGACUGCAACGAUAGCACCGACUGCAACUACAGCACCGACGGCAACGACAGCAGCGACUGCAACGACAGCAGCGACUGCAACGACAGCAGCGACUGAAACGACAGCAGCGACUGCAACGACAGCACCGACUGCAAUCACAGCACCGACUGAAACGACAGCACCGACUGCAACGACAGCAGCGACUGCAACGACAGCAGCGACUGCAACGACAGCACCGACUGCAACGACAGCACCGACUGCAAUCACAGCACCGACUAAAACGACAGCACCGACUGCAACGACAGCAGCGACCCCAACGACAGCAGCGACUGCAACGACAGCACCGACUGCAACGACAGCACCGACUGCAAUCACAGCACCGACUAAAACGACAGCACCGACUGCAACGACAGCAGCGACUGCAACGACAGUACCGACUGCAACGACAGCACGGACUGCAACCACAGCACCGAAUGCAACCACAGCGCGGACUGCAACGACAGCACCGAAUGCAACGACAGCACCGAAUGCAACCACAGCACCGACUGAAACGAUAAAAACCAGCGAAAGUAAAGUAGAUUGGCCGUUAAUAUUAGGAUUGUCAAUUGGUGGACUACUACUGUUUAUAUUUGUGAUCCUAUCAAUUAUUAUUAGUGUGGUGAAAAAUAGCUCGGGAAGAAGCAAAUUUAAGAGCUACGAAUUCGAUACGCCGCCAGACUCGAUUUACUCAGCACGUGGAUGGGAAUUUGAACGAGAUUCGCCAUACAGUGGCUCGCCAUUCGCUAGCAUUGAUGCUAUACCUGGCUUUGAUGAAGAUGGUUUGCCUUCUGAAAGUCAAACUCGACCAGUUGAUACUCGGGUCUAGCAAAAUCAAUAAACGGACACGUCGCAAUAUACGAGCACACAAUAUACGUAGAUACAUAGAUACAUAGAUACAUAGAUAAUCAAAAAGUAGCUUUUUUCCUCCAAGAGUAUAAGCAACAACUCACUUUCAUUGAAACACAAUCGCCUGUAUUUAAAAAGUUCAACCACAUGCGCUCAUUAAGUGUGACAUAAAAAUUUUGUUAUUGCUGACCAAUGCGAAAGAACUUUCUUAUUCCAAGGAAAGAUUUACGGUAAAAGACUGAAAUUCAAACUUCGACUGAAAAUACUGUCGCGGAAACGUUAUGAGAAGAUUGCGAUAAUCAACUCAAUGAAUAAUAAUUUUACUCAUCUAAAAUGAGUUUGUAAUUCUUUGAUAAAAUAAUGUGUAUA